GUGGAUUCCCGUUUUUACUUAGUAAUGCCGGAUGUUGUUGUUUUUGCACGGACAUGGAUGGGAUGAAAACAGCACAGCCACUUAGCUAGCUAAUGUAUUUGUAUUCUUUAAAUAUGUCUAAAAUGCAGUUGUUGAGGGUUUUUCUCAACGAUAGAUUAACAGCUGCUGCUGAUGAGAUAUUCGGGGUCGUUGAAAAAAUGAUAGCAGAGUAUCAGGAGGAAGUUGUCCGUCUACAGAGGAUGCUCGACAUUGUUCUUCAACCUGAGAUACCGUUAAACCUACACAGAGCAGACUUCCAGCAGCUCACUCUCUCUGUCUCUGAAGCGGAGAUCCCCCCGGAGCAGCAGCACUAUGAGCAGGAGUGGAGCCCCAAUCUGGGGCAGGAGGACCCAGAAACCAUACAAUUUAAAGAUGAAGAGGAGGAACUCCGGACCACUCAGGAGGAAGAGCAGAUUCAACGGAUUGAGACUGUUACUAAAGAUUACAUAUUCACUCCUGCCUGUGUAAAAAGUGACUGUGUGGAGUACCCAACUCGGCUCUCAAAUAUCUAUCAAGCCCAAAAGGAAGGAAACAAAGAGAGAGACAUUCUACCCAGUACUACAACUGAACAGAUCAAAACAGAACCUGAUGGAGAGGACUAUAGGGAACCAGAACCAACCAGUGUCUCUCAGCCCCACUCUACAGGAAAUCCAGUCUGUUCUGCAGUUCAAAUUGGUAUGGAGAAUAAAAGACUUCCAUCAGGUUUUAAGCAAGUCAAAUCAAAGAGAACAGAGAUGGUAAAAGGACAAAGGUCCCGUAUCAACACUAAGGGUGAGAAAUCUACUCAGUUGUCCCUCCUGAAAUCACCCAGUCAAGGUCAUGCUACUCCUUGUUGUAAGGUGUGCGGUAAGUAUUUUCAUUACAUGGGCUCAUUGAUGAAACAUGUUCAAACUCAUACUAAGGAUAAAGAAACACUUUGUGGGGUGUGUGGAAAGCAUAUGGAGUCCACAGAAGGUAUGAAAGAGCACCUCCAAACUCACAUUGCAGCUAGGUUGUGUUGUCAUGUUUGUGGUAAGUGGUUCAGCAAGAACAGUAAGCUGACAGUGCACAUGAGGAGCCACACAGGGGAGAAACCUUUUUCCUGCCCUGUUUGUGGUACAUGCUUCAUGCAGACUGGAGAUCUGAAAAGACACAUGAGGACCCAUACUGGGGAGAAACCAUAUCUCUGUCCUGAUUGUGGAAAAGGAUUCAGCGUUGCCAGUAAUCUGUCAGUGCACAUAAAGAUUCACACAGGAGAAAAAGGAGAACCAGAUUCAGCACUGGCACCAAUCUGAAAGUGCACAUGAGGACUCACAGGGGAGAGACCAUACUAAUGUCAUAGUAGAAAAUGCAUUUCCCAAUCAGGUACAUUAAAUAACAAUCAAAGACAUAUCAAGGCAUCACUGUAUAGGUGCAAUGAUUGCAGGAGUUCUCAAAAUGAUAGAACUACAAAGUUACAUAAACAAUCAUGACAAAGGAGAAAACAUGAUAAUGUGCUGUUUGGGAAAGGUCUGGAGACAGAAGACUGAGAGUAAUGUUCUAACUUCCAUGUGUGAGAGGAGAUGUCUCUCAGAACACAACUCUUGGGUGAAUAAGAUAUGACUGAAUUACUGCUUAAACAUACGAACUCUCCAUCUCUAUCUAACAGAGCAGCUAGUGGAUUUUUGAGCAACAGCAGUUCCUGCUCAUUACUUAUAGGAUGACACAGACAUUUGAACCUAUGUCCUCCAUCUGUACAUAAAACAUGUUUUAGAGUUAAAUGUGUUGUUAAAUGUUGAAAUCUGCUAAUUUAUAUCUUGUUUGAUGUUGUUAAAGUAGUUUUCACAAUAACAGUUGAUUUUUGUUAGUCUCGGGAGCUGAAGGAAUCUUACCAUUUUUGAUAUUACCGAUGUUUGAUGCCUAUAUCCACUCUUUGAAGGGAAAAUAUUUGUAUCUAUUUUGUUUUCCAUGUUUUGACAAUUAAGAAAAUGUGUUGUAAUAUGUUCAUGUAGACCCAUUCAUAUGAAUGAAGCUUGAGAAACGUGUUUUUCCAGAGAUUGUACAUUUUAUCUGCCUUUUGUAUAACAGAAUAAAUGUUGAUAACA